AUGGCUCCCAGUCCCAAAACAUUUGCAAGUGACGAUACCGUCCUCGAUCCUGCUAUUAAGUCCCAUAUCUCCAGUCUCUACAUGGCUGUUGACACCAAGGAUCUGGAAUUUUGGGGGUCCCACUUCACAGAAGAUGCCGAGCUGAAGAAGGGAACAUCUAAUGUCAGGGGAAGAGGGAAACUUGUUGACCUCGUUACAAAGUCCUGGGAACCGGUUCAAAGUCGUGAUCACAUCAUCUACGCCGUCUUUCCCUUUGGACCCAAGGCGGAGGAGGUCAUGCUCCAUGGACGAAGCAACAAUGUGUCCAAAGAUGGUCAAGCUAGCACCUUCACUUGGGCGGCCCGAAUGCAUUUCAGACGAAGCGAGGAUGGAAAGGUUCUGAUUGAUAAGUAUACAAUUAUUCCUGACCCCCACCCGUCAACACUGUCGUAA